AUGGCGUUGCAUUGGACCAGCGGUCUCGCGGUCGCCGUGACGGCGGCGCUCGCCGUGUCGGUGCUCUUCCCUACGGGCGUCGCGGGCCACCCGCUCCCUCCUGCAACAGGCAUGUUAUUCCCGCAGUUCUACCAGCACACGUGCCCGCAGCUGCAGGAGGUGGUGAGCGCCAUCGUGGCCAAGGAGCACGCCAAGGACCCCCGCAUGGCGGCGUCGCUGGUCCGGCUGCACUUCCACGACUGCUUCGUGCAGGGCUGCGACGCGUCGGUGCUGCUCGACGCCGACGGCAGCGGCAGGUUCCAGACCGAGAAGCGGUCCAACCCGAACCGCGACUCGCUGAGGGGCUACGAGGUCAUCGACGAGAUCAAGGCCGCCCUCGAGCACGCCUGCCCGCACACCGUCUCCUGCGCCGACAUCGUCGCCGUCGCCGCCAGGGACUCCACCGUCCUGACGGGCGGACCGGGCUGGGAGGUGCCACUGGGGAGGAGGGACUCGCUCACCGCCAGCUUGAGCGGCUCCAACAACCUCAUCCCUGCUCCCAACGACACCCUCCCCACCAUCACCGCCAAGUUCCACAACCAGGGACUUGACAUCGUCGACCUCGUCGCUCUCUCAGGGGCACACACCAUCGGAGACUCGCGCUGCGUCAGCUUCCGGCAGCGUCUGUACAACCAGAACAACGACGGGCGCCCGGACCCGACGCUGAACCCGGCCUACGCGGCGAAGCUGCGCGGGCGGUGCCCCAAGUCCGGUGGCGACCAGAUCCUCUUCGCGCUCGACCCGGCCACCCAGUUCCGGUUCGACAACCAGUACUACAAGAACAUCCUGGCCAUGAACGGCCUGCUCAACUCCGACGAGGUCCUGCUCACGCAGAGCCACGAGACCAUGGAACUCGUCAAGAGCUACGCCGCCAGCAACGAGCUCUUCUUCGACCACUUCGCCAAGUCCAUGGUCAAGAUGGGCAACAUCUCGCCGCUCACCGGGCACAGCGGCGAGAUCAGGAAGAUCUGCAGGAGGAUCAACCACCACUAG